AUGGCUGACUCUUCACCAACUCAAUCUUCAACGGAAGCAUCGCCACCCGCAAUCCCUCCGACGAUGUCUGAGAUAGUCAUACCUCCCUCUCUCAAGUUCUUAAUGAACAACCUCAAACUGAUCAUCUCCAACCAACUUACCAGUGAAAACUACUCAAUCUGGCGAUUACAAAUUUUUCAAUUAUUCUCUGCCAAUGGCUAUGAAGGUCACCUCACUGGCGACAGUGCCAAACCCACCGCCUCAAGCAAUGAGCUUUGGCUGUGGAACUUGAUAGAUCAGAAUCUAAUAUCAGCCCUGCUAUCGACAAUCUCCCCGGCGGUCUUACCAUACAUCCUCAAUCUCUCCACCGCAAGAGACAUUUGGAUCACCUUGGAGCUGCGACUGCAACCAACCAAUCGUUCCCGAGUGAUUCAGCUCAAGAACGAAUUUUAUCACAUACAAAUGAAAGAUCUGACCAUGAUGCAAUAUCUGGCCAAAAUCAAGUCCUUGGUCGACAACAUUGCCGCUGCCGGAUCUAUUCUGGACCCGGAAGAAAUUAUCCUGCACAUUUUAAAUGGCCUCCCCCCAUCUUAUAAUUCUUUCAAAACCUCCAUUCGAACAAGCCAACUCCCCUUAAGCCUCGAUGUCCUCUACAACCUGCUAUGUAGCGAGGAGAUACAUAUGCAAACAGACAUUCAUCGCAACUCAAGCUCUCUGGCUGAUUCCACUGCCUUGUACACCAGUCGCGGAGGCUCCUCUCGAGGUCGUUCCCCCUACCGCGGCUCACGCGGUCGCGGAGCUCCCUUCAGGCCAAAUUCCUCCUCCACUCGCAAUGACUCCUCCAGACCGACUUGUCAAAUAUGCAACAAAUCAGGCCACAUUGCCUCUUCUUGCUGGCAUCGCUUCACUGCAAAUUACGGUACAACCUCAAAUACGCCUCAGACAGCGCUUCUAACAAUCUCGCAUCACACUUCGUCCAAUGAGUGGGUUCUGAUUCAGGUGCAUCAACACACCUCACUCCAGAUUUCAAUAACCUGCAACAUCCGUCUACCUACAACGGCUCUGAAACAAUCUCCACAGCAAAUGGCAGCUCUCUACCCAUUCAUCACACUGGUCAGGGUCUUCUACCUCUUCCCGAUUCCAACCGUAAGCUUCUCCUACGAAAUUUACUCCAUGUUCCUCUGCUAUCUCACAAUCUAA